AUGAGUAAAACUAUCAGAUCAAAAAAUAUUGCUCCUAACAUUGAAUUCUGUAAUGAAAUUGCAAAUAAUUAAAAAUUACUUAAAGCAAAAUAAAAAACACUUUCUAAAUUGAAAGCAGAGUUAGGAAAUAUGAAUAUGAUAAUGCCAAUGACUAAUCAAAGAAUUGUACAAAAAAAGAUUGAAAGUAUUAUAUAUAUAGAUAGUUCUCUUUAGAUUUAAAGACCCAAUUAGAAAAAUAAUAGGAAAAUAAAUUAGGUGUAACCCAAUAUGGUAAUCUAACGAAUUAGAAUUUCUAAAAAUAAUCACCCUUAGUAAGAUUGGAAAAUAUAUAAUAAAUAAGAAUUAAAAGUGGAAUUCGAACAACAAGUGAAGGAGAUGCUAUAAACGUUAAACAACUAUUAAAAAAUUAAAAUUGUUAAAUCUCUAAAUAUUGA